AUGGUGAAGUAUAAUCCCAAGUCAGCAAGAGUGAAGAUGGUCAAUGCAACUGAAGCAGAGGAUUCCUUAGAAGUGAUCAUGGACAUCCAUACCAUCCUCUCCUCGAAAUCCACGCCACCAAAACCCUUGAGCCUUGUCCCACCUCAGGAUCCAGCCACCGCCAGCCACCUAGCCUCCUUGUUUUCAGCACCACCCCAGCCGGCAUCCUCCAACUCUCCCUGCAGCUCCAGCCCCUCACCCGAUCUGGACCACCGGAUUGCAGAUCUAGCGGCCACGACACUCCUCGCAGAGCCCGUAGUGAGCCCUCCCAGCCUCCCGCAGCUCUCGAUCCCAUCUGGGUUGAGGGAAGUGCCUCUGCCUGAGGGCCUCGUCCAGCGCCGCCGUAUUCGUCCGACUCCGGCAGCCGCGCCGGCGAGCGCCGUCGUCGGAGCAGCCCCGCAGCAGAACCAGGCCAGCCACGCGUCCGUGGUGCAGCAGACAUGGAACGCCAUGGAGCCCAAAACCUCAAGUUCGUCAUCCCCGCAGCUACAGCACCCAUGGCAGAGCCAGGCCUCGAGGUCCCAUCUCCGUCAUCUUCUCGAGCUACAGCUCCGUCGCCUUGCCCGUCGGUUGGAGGUUCCCCACAUCCCGAGCAAGGAGCUCCAACGCCUAUGGCCUCGUCUAUGGUCAGGAAUCUAGCCAGAUCGAGCCCCUCGCCCAACUCCAUGCCUCCUCGAGCUCAUCCGCGAUCCUCCCGUGCGUCUUUUAGCCAUGGCCGCGUCUUUGUUUUUCCACAUGUAAGUAGUUCCUUCCGGUCUGAAGUUCUUUUUAUUUUUUGCCAGAUCUGGUAUGCUUGUUGAGCUUAUUUAAAAUAGCUGCUAUGUUUUCCCACGACCACCUGAGUAGCCGAGUUGGCUAGCGGCGUCACCUUGCAUGCAAGCAGUCUGGGUUAGAAUCCCAUGCACCCGUAUUUUCGUUUU